AUGACUAGUAGUGAGUUUGAAAUGAAGUUAUGGGUGUGUGUUUCUGAAGAAUUUGAUCUGAAAGUUAUCAUCCAAAAGAUGAUAGAGUCUAUAACUGGGAUGAAGCCUAAGUCGUUCCUUCAAAUAGAUUCAUUACAAAAUAAGCUUAGAAAGAAAAUCGAGGGAAAGAAAUACUUACUCGUAAUGGAUGAUGUGUGGAAUGAGAAAAAAGAGGAAUGGUUACGUCUUAAAAGAUUAUUGAUGGGUGGUGCAAAGGGUAGUAGGAUUUUGAUCACAACCCGGAGUGAACAAGUUGCUAAAACUUUUGACUCUACUUUCAUCCAUUCUUUACAAAUUUUGGAUGAGUACAAUUCCUGGUUAUUGUUUCAAAAAAUUACUUGUUUGGAAGGACAUCCAAGUAAUUCAGAGAAUCUUGAUCAAAGUUCAAGUUUGAUCCAAAUUGGCAAGGAGAUCGUUUCAAAGCUAAAAGGUGUUCCUCUCACGAUGAGAACCAUCGGAGGACUUCUGAAAGACAAUAAAUCAAAAAGAGUUUUGGUUGUCUUUCAAGGAUAA